UCCAUUUUUAAAGUUCUGUUUCGUCAUUGUUUUCUUUGUCGUAUGAACAGAAUAUUUAGAGAGGUAUUCAAUAAAAACUAUACAUAAAUUGCAUUUGAGCUUUAAUUUAACAGUGAAAAAGCUCCGCGUGUGAAAGUUUUUAAACAACGGCGUCUUGACUUUAGCACCUGUUUGAAUUACGAAGGAGGCUCCUACACAGAAAUUCUUAUGCCUUCGGGAGCUGUGAGAUAACAAAUGAUGAAACAAUGACGCCAUGAUGUUAGGUGGGCCAUGGAGGCAUCAAACCCCCCGCGCGGGGUAGGUCUGCGCGACGUUGCCGCUCCGCCCCGCGGCCGCUUGCAGCGCUCGCUCGCGCCGCUCCGCCAUACCGCGUGGUACCUCCGACCGAGCGUCCGUGUCCGACCCGCGUUCGCUCCGCGUCGCCUUCUCAAACAAACUUACAAACUCACUUUCCGCCGCCGGAAACCUGUUUCGUCUACAAAAACCUCCUAUUACCACACAACCACCACAUAAUAUUCACUCCCGACUCCAUUAAUAAAUUCCAUCGUACUUUUAAGUGAACUUUAACGCAUUUACGUGCGCCAAGUUUGAAAACUUAUAAAGUUUGUUUUUAAAGUUGACGAUUGGCUGCGGUGUGCAUGUGUAAGCUGUAAAGUCAUGGCUGGACGUAGUUCUCACUAAACCGGUACCACGCCAGGAUUUCGCACUCAAAAAUGUGGGCGGUGGAAUAAUCCGAUUAAAUGUUUAGGAGAGGGAAUAAGACUCGGUAUUUUCGCGUGGUGCUAAAGGCAAGGUCCUGGAAACGAGUCCCGAUGAAGCUGCUCAAGUGGGGCAGGAAGAUGCCGUCUACGAAACAAUACAACCUGGUGCCCAACGAUGAAUACGAUACUAGGAUCCCGUUGCAUCCCGAUGAAGCCUUCGCCUAUGGGAUUACUUUCCAAGCUAAGUACAUCGGGACUAUGGAUGUGCCGCGUCCGACUAGCCGCGUUGAGAUCGUCGCUGCCAUGCGUCGCGUUCGUUACGAGUUUAAGGCGCGAGGUGUGAAGAAACGCAAGGUGACUGUAGACGUGUCGACUGAUGGAGUCCGAGUCACUACCAGGACCAAAAUAACAAGUCGAAAGACCAAGGUCAAGAAGUUGUUUCAGAAAAGCUCCGGAUCUAAGCUCUUUGGGCGUGGAAGCAAAGCCAGUGGCUCCCACGAGGGCACAGAGAUAAUGCAUCACCCUAUCUACCGUAUUUUCUACGUGUCCCACGAUAGUUCUGAUCUCAAGAUUUUCUCGUACAUCGCAAGAGAUGGCGCCACCAACGUUUUUAAGUGCAACGUCUUCAAGAGCAACCGCAAGAGCCAGGCGAUGAGGAUUGUGCGCACCGUGGGCCAAGCAUUCGAGGUGUGCCAUAAGAUGCAGAGCAACGGCCCAGACCAACCCGCGCCGUCGACAUCGUCCGCGCCAGACCAGCCCGUGCCCAGUUGCAGCGACACCGCCGCUUCCAAAGAAGCAGCUUCUGAUUGCGGUGCCUCCGGUGUGUCCGGGGCGUCCGAGGCAGCUGCGUCUACUACCAAGGUAGUUGUGGAGCAUGUACCCACGGCCAGUCGCGAGGAGAGACCUAAGCACUUGGACCUGCUGCCGCCUCCGCCGAGGAAGGAAGGCAAACGAUCGACGCAGCGUCCUCCAGUGGCACCGACUAUCCAACUUCCCGAUCUGCCAGAAUGUGUGACCAAAGUGGAUUUGGCCACGGGUGGCGAGGAAGCGAGCGAUGCGACGCCGCUAAGCUCGCAACACCAGCUGCAACUGUUGCGAGAACGUCUGGAGCAACAGGCGCAACAGACUCGCGCCGCGGUCGCGCAGCUGUUACUGCUACGUGAUCAGCUGGCCGCCGAGCAGGCCGCACGUUGCGAGGCGCAGGCUCGUACUCAUCAACUGUUGGUUCACAACAAAGAGUUGCUUGAGCACAUUGCUGCUCUAGUAUCACACUUGCAAGACCGAGAACGGGGAUCCUCUCGGCCAAUCAGCGCUCAGCAGUUGACUCUCUUGCCCCAGCCCAAAACGGAGAGCGCUAUCAACGAAGCCUUCAAACCAGAUAACAAGCCCAUGUGCAAUGGCAACCGGUCGCCGACUAACACUGAAGUACUCAUCAAUCUGAUCUCCCAGAACACCAAAACCAAUAAGAACGUGGAGAACAAUAAUUUGUCCUUCUCGCCAUUCUGUACCUCACCCGUACAAGAGACAGCCAAGGAGGCAAGCUCUGCCCCGUGCUUCGGCGGCAUGUCUAAUGAUCAGAUCCAAAACUACUUGAUUACCAAAUUCCAAAAUAUGGGUGGUUUCCCAAAUGGCAACAGCAACAGCAAUGGCAACGAGCAAAAGUCAAGCAACAUUAACUACAACCAGCAAUUCUUCCAGAAUUGCAAUGCUUUUCCAACUAUUCCGCCGCUCACCAACCACUACAGCAACUCUGACCUGGCGAGCUUGCUGAACCACAAGGUUUACAAGGAUAUGUGCAGCUCCACCGAUGAUUUCGGAGAUUUGGCCCAGGCCAUGAGCGUCGGCCAAUCUGAGAACUCGCUCUACAGCAACAGUCAGCCGACUACUUCAAAAGAUUCCAGCCCCGAUGGCUCCAGCUCUGACGAAGGAGCCCCGUUCAUUAUGCCACUUUCGCACAACGGCACUCUGACCGCCACCGGAGAGGACGGUCGCGUACGGUUGAUAGUACCGGUGAGCCCAUCUGAGAGUACCUCAGAUGUUGUAGAGGCAAAGGCUGAGGAAGCUCAAGGAGCUUCCGGACACACAUUGCGAGUGCCUGGCCAGGAGGCGGCCAGGGCUGGCACGCUGCUGGCGCCCGCCGCGCCCAUCACACGCACCACCAGCGAGAAAGUGCCCAACCGCAGCGAGAUGAUGACGGCCCUGCGCUCGCAGUGGACCCGCCACACCACCAAGUAAACUCGCGACAACCUAAAUCCAAAUAAUUUGAGUCAAGUUACCUAAAACCUUAUGUAUAUUUAGACGUAUCUUCUAUAAAGUAUCUAACUUUCGUCAUAUUUUGUACAAAGAGCGUAGGUAUAUUUUAAUAUAUUGUACUCUAUUGUUUUUAUAUUUUGUUAAGAGUAGAUAGUAUUCUCAUUUGAAGAUUGAGACUAACGAUGGUGCCAAACUUUUGCCACAACUACGUGAAUGGCGUUAAACGGAAGAGGGUUAGGGUUGAGAUUUAUUUACAUAUCAUGUUCUCCUAUCUAAGUCCAACGUCAUUGGUUUUGUAAACCCAUAUGUAUCUAUACAUAUCCUUUUUCAUAUCGCCAAUAAAAUAGGUUUUAGGUUUAUGAGCAUGUUGUUAAAGUAUGAAGUGCAAGCUCGCUGAUAUUUAUGCUUUCGAUGAGCA